GCCUCUCUCCAGUGCCGUCUGGCUGCAGCAGCGGCUCAGACAAGAGGAGGGGAGAGGAGGAAAAAAACGCUGAGUGAGUGGAGUGGAGCCGGGGAGGGGCUCCUUAAAGAAACGCUGCCAUCGCCUGGCAUUGUGGCCGGCCGGGAACUCAAGGGGGGGAAACCAUCGGAGCGCUUCUCUCUGCCCCCCCCACCCCACCCCCCAGCCAAAAAAAACUUGGGGGGGAGCCGAGGGGGGGUCGUGGAAACGUCUUAUAAACCGGAUUGCACUGCAAAAAACAAAAAAAGAACAGAAAAGAAAAGGAAAGAAAAAGAUACAAAAUAUUACAAGCCCAAAAAAAAAAAGAAAAAAAAAAAGGGCAACAGAUCCCCGGUCUCCAGCACUCGCCCUCCCUCCCUUUGCUCCUCUCCUGCUGGCCAUCUGCCUUGGGCUUUCCUUUGUGUCUGAUCUUUUACUACUGAACGGAGUGCAGGAGGAGGAGGAGGAGGGUGCAACACACACAGGGACUAUGCCCAGCUCGCUUUUUGCAGACAUGGAGAGGAACGGGAGCGGCGGCGGCGGAGGAGGAGGUGGCGGUGGUGGCGGGGGAGAGACCCUGGAUGACCAAAGAGCGCUGCAGAUCGCCCUGGAUCAGCUCUCCCUGCUGGGGCUGGACAACGACGAGGCGGGCUCCCUCUACGACAAUGAGCCUCGGAAAAAGAGCGUGAACAUGACAGAGUGCGUGCCGGUGCCCAGCUCGGAGCAUGUCGCGGAGAUAGUGGGGAGACAAGGUUGUAAAAUCAAAGCUCUGCGGGCGAAGACCAACACCUACAUCAAGACCCCGGUGCGCGGGGAGGAGCCGCUCUUCGUGGUGACGGGCAGGAAGGAAGAUGUGGCCAUGGCCCGGCGGGAGAUCAUCUCGGCCGCCGAGCACUUCUCCAUGAUCCGCGCCUCGCGCAACAAGAACACGGCGCUCAACGGCGCCGUGCCGGGGCCGCCCAACCUGCCGGGCCAGACCACCAUCCAGGUGCGGGUGCCUUACCGGGUGGUGGGGCUGGUGGUGGGGCCCAAGGGGGCCACGAUCAAGCGCAUCCAGCAGCAGACGCACACCUACAUCGUGACCCCGAGCCGCGACAAGGAGCCGGUGUUUGAGGUGACGGGCAUGCCGGAGAACGUGGACCGCGCCCGCGAGGAGAUCGAGGCGCACAUCGCCAUGCGCACGGGCGGCCUCAUCGAGCUCACGGACGACAACGACUUCCACGCCAACGGCACGGACGUGGGCUUCGAGCUGCACGGCCCCGGCAGCCUGUGGAGCAAGCCCACCCCGCCCAGCGUCCCGCCCACCCCGGGCCGCAAGCCCUUCUGCAGCUACCGCAACGACAGCUCCAGCUCGCUGGGCAGCGCCUCCACCGACUCCUACUUCGGCGGCGGCGGCGGCAGCGCGCGGCUGGCCGACUACAGCCCGCCCAGCCCCGCGCUCAGCUUCACGCACAACGGCAACAACAACAACAACUACGGCUACGGCGGGGGCGGCGCCGACGCGCUCCCGUCCCCCGACGGCUGCGCCGAGCUGCCCUUCGACUCCCCGCCCGGCUUCGACCUUCGCCUCUCCCCGCCCCUGCCUGGCAGCGGGGGCGGCGUCGAGCAUCCCCUGGCCCGCCGGGUGCGCAGCGACCCGGGCGGCCGCCUGCUCGGCACCUCCUCCUCCUCCUCCUACCCGCUCUACGCCGCGCACCUGCCCGGCCUGCCCUCCGACUCCUCGGGCUCCUCCUCGUCGUCCUCCAGCUCGUCCUCCAGCUCGUCCUGCUCGUCCUCCGGCCUGCGGAGGAAGGGCAGCCGCGACUGCUCCGUCUGCUUCGAGAGCGAGGUCAUCGCCGCCUUGGUGCCCUGCGGCCACAACCUCUUCUGCAUGGAGUGCGCCAACCGCAUCUGCGAGAAGACGGAGCCGCAGUGCCCCGUGUGCCACAGCGCAGUUACUCAGGCCAUCCGCAUCUUUUCCUAAGGAGCCCGCCCGCUCCUUGCCCCGCCGAGCACCCCCGGGCGCUUUGAAAGCUGCAGUAUCCGCACAGCGGGGGUGGGGAGGGACCUGACUUGGCAGGAUUGAUUUUUGCAUUGAGUGUACUGUAGCCUAGGGUGGGUUAGGAGGUUCUUUGUAACACCUGAUGCAUGCUAUAAAUAAUAACGAAUGACUACAUUCUAGUACUAGACUAGUUUUUACACUGUACUUUCAUACAAAGCUUCCAAAAUUCCCUCUUCUUUUUUCUUUUUUCUUUUUUCUUUUUUUUUAAAAAGAAAAGAAAAAAAAAAGAAAUCAGUUUAAAGUAGAAAAUGCUUAUGAUGAUGCCAAUGGUGGUGUGGACUGUUAGUAAAAUGUGCUGGUAGUUCCUAGAAUGCUUUAUUGCAAAAUAAUUCAAUGGAUGGGUGGAUCCUUUUCUGAAUGUUCAUGAAAGGUCAAGAAGUUCCUGUGAAAACCGUGAUACUGCAGCUUUAUCAAAGGAAAAACAUGAGGAAAAAAAAAACACAAUGGGAAAAAAAAACAAUGACAAAAAAAGAAACUGUAACAUAUCUCUUAUAUAUAUUAAAAGCGUUUAAAGGUUUUAAAGAUAAAUUGCAUUAAUACAGAUUGAAGUAUUUUAUUCUUUUUUGACUUGAAAAAUUAUAUUUCAUAUUGCAAAGAUGUUUACAAGUAUUUUAAUUUAAGUUCAGUGAACUUUUUGUAGCUGGGUUAAAUCUUUUUUAUUUUAGUAUGGCCAUAUGGCAAAGAACACUGUAUUAUUUUAAUAUCACACACUUGUGGGCGGAAUUACAAACCAUAAAAUGUGUAAUGCUUUGAACAGUAUUCUGUUGGGAUGGAGAUUUUAUAGGUUCAGAAAAAAAUCUUUUAAAUCUGCUUCACCCAGCAUAUUUUCUAUUCAGUGAUAUAAAGCAUAUUUUAUUCUAUAUUAUUACAAAAAUGGAAAUGUAUAAACCUAUGUCAAAAGGAACUGUUGAAGCUUUCUAACAUUUGUAUAAAUAGAAUUCAGUGGAAAUUACAAAAAUUCUGUUGCACCACUAUAGUUUUAGUAUUUCUAUUUUAAUACAUUUGUUUACCACUUGUUUAUGUAUAUGUAGGUGACGUUACUUGAGCUUAAAUGUACUUUACUGAGCAAAGUUUAAAAACAAAGUAUAUUUUAUUUUAUGAUAAAGGGCCUUUAACCUCAUGGUCAAAUACUAAUAUUAUAUUUGCUGAGACAAGAUUUGAAAUUGUAUCAAGAGUUUUAUUUUUCUGACAUUUAAAGUUCUACAUAAUAAAGGUAAAACUUAAGUAAUGGUGCUACUUCAUGUUUUUUUAAGUAUUUCUAUAUAAAUAAAAUAUUACAGAAAAAUA